ACGUUGCGGAAGAAACAACAAAGCUUUCUUAAUAUCAUACACUUUGGUCUCUCUCUCAAUUUUCAACUCAUUAAGACAAAGUAAAAGAGAUAGUCAUAGCAGCAAACAAGGAAAAGGCACACGACCAAACUAAAACUACUAGGCGAGUUUGAACGUGGAAAAUUAAUUGUGAGCAGAAAUAAUGUCAUCAGAAAGUGGCAUCCACUCUUCCUCCUCCUUGGAAUCUCACGCCGUUGAUUGUAACUUGAAGGAAACAGAGCUCACGCUGGGUCUUCCCGGUACCAAAACUGGCUCAAAACGUGCCUUCUCCGACACCCUUCUUCAUCUCGCCACUUCUCAAAACAAAAUCUUGCGCCCCACCUCCAAGGAACAAGUGGUGGGGUGGCCACCGGUGAGGGCAAGCAGAAAGAAUGUUCUGAAGAGUUGCAAAUUCGUGAAGGUAGCUGUAGAUGGAGCUCCAUAUCUAAGAAAAGUGGAUCUUGAAAUGUACGAUAGUUAUGAGCAUUUGAUGAGGGAAUUAGAGACCAUGUUUUGUGGCCUAGCCAUUCGUAAUCAUUUGAUGAAUGAGAGGAAACUGAUGGAGUCCGGAAAUGGAAUGGAAUACAUGCCAACCUAUGAGGAUAAGGAUGGUGACUGGAUGUUGGUUGGGGAUGUACCAUGGAAGAUGUUUGUUGAAUCAUGCAAAAGGAUAAGACUUAUGAUAAGCUCAGAGGUCAUCGGCUUAGGUACGAGGUUUGGUUCAAAAUGUAGGAGUUCCACCUAGAAGAAGAAUAAUUAGUGUAAUGAUCAUAAGCUCUAUGAGAACAGUUUCAAAGUGUACAAGUUUCGGCCAGUUAGAAAUUAAAUCUAGGAUAAUGAAAUUAAAUAUCUAUGGUGCUUAGCAUGUACAUGUCCCUUUAGCACCUCUAGUUAGUUAAUUUUUCUUUGACUUGAAAAGAACUAGCUAAAACCUAAGACUGAUCUCUAUAUUAGUGAUAUGAAAAGGAAAAAAAAUAAAUAAAUGAGGCUGGCAUGUAAUUAAUAAUAUUAUGAUCUUCAUUAUAAGAGUGUGCAUGUAAUGUAAUGUAGUGACUUCGGCUUUGUGCUA